AUGGCAAGCACAGACACUGUUUACUUGAAGAGAAAAGUCAACCUUCUGGGAUCAGUGUGCCUUAUUGUAGGCACAGUGGUAGGAAGUGGGAUUUUCAUUGCUCCAAAAGGUGUCCUGAGAAACUCCGGCAAUGUGGGAAUGUCUCUUGUCAUCUGGUUGGCCGCAGGAAUUUUCUCUACAUUUGGAGCGCUCUGCUAUGCUGAGUUGGGCACAUGCAUUAAGAAGUCUGGUGGGCAUUACAUUUAUCUUUUGGAAACCUUGGGACCCAUGCCAGCAUUUCUUCGUCUCUGGGCACAAUUUAUUCUUAUUCGGCCUGCUGCCUCGUCUGUGGUGGCUUUGGCAUUUGGCCGAUACAUUGUUGAACCUUUCUUCAGCCCCUGCUCAGCACCCAAAGUACUUGUUAAAAUGGUCAGCAUACUUGGAGUCUCAUUUGCUGUGGCUGUGAAUUGCUGGAGUGUCACGGGCACCACACAACUACAGAUAGCACUUACCACUGUCAAGAUGGGGGCCUUGGGUUUAAUUAUUGUGCCAGGAAUGAUCAAGCUUGCUUCAGGACAAACUGAAAAUUUUGACAGUGCUUUUGACACCAGUUCUUUGACACUGGACAAGCUGCCGUUGGCUUUUUAUGCAGGAUUAUAUGCUUAUGCAGGAUGGUAUGUCUUGAAUUAUGUCACAGAAGAAGUCAUUGAUUCCAAAAGAAACAUCCCUUUGUCAAUCAUAUUAUCCAUGGUAACAGUGACAAUUUCUUAUCUUCUGAUGAACAUUUCCUAUUACACGGUGAUGACAUCUCAAGAUGUACUGGAAUCCAAUGCGGUGGCUGUGAGCUUUGCUGACAGAGCACUCCAAGGGUUCUCCUCUGUCAUUCCAAUCCUUGUUGCUAUGUCCUGUAUGGGAUCUCUUCUGGGAAGCUGCUUUACUACUCCAAGGAUGUUGUUGUCAGGCUCCAGAGAAGGACAGUGGCCUAGUCUCUUUUCUAUGAUUCACAUUCGAAGGCACACUCCUCUGCCAGCAGUGCUUGUAAUGUACCCCAUGAUAGUCUUCAUGAUCUUGGCCGGUGAACUCUUUGGACUGUUAAAUUUUUACAGCUUUUCUCGAUGGCUGUUUAUGGGCUUGACUACUAUGGGCCUCAUGGUCCAUCGAUAUCGGAAACCAGAUCUUCCACGGCCUUUUAAGGUACAUCUUUUCUUCCCUGCUGUUUUCACCGUUGUAUGUUUUUUCAUUGUGGGGAUGUCCCUCUAUUCUGAUCCAUUCAACACAGGCAUCAGCUUUGCCCUCACACUGACUGGUAUCCCAAUUUAUUUCCUUGUGGUUCAGAAGCAGAGACUGCCUUUAUGUGUCAUCAGAGCUUUUCACAUCUUCACUAUGAAGCUUCAGAUCCUCUUGGAAGUGAUGCCACAGGAGGUGCAGACCUACUAAAUCUUGAGCUGAUCGCAGCUUUACCUUCAGAAACUCAUUUGGGCUCUACAAAAUAAUGUAUUUGUAGCAUACUGUACAUUAUUGAAAAACAUAACUACUAUAAAAUGGUAAAUUAAGAAAUUUUUGAAAUGGUCUGUAGUAACUAGUAGGUGUAUCACAGUAUUUACCAGUUUUUGCAACUAUGCAUUUGCUGUAAGUAAAUAAGAGGUUUACAUGUGAAAUAAUAAAUAAAAUAUUGUUUCAUUGAAAAGGUAACAUAUUAUCACCACUGUUACUGACAUACACAUAAAUCAUUUGAUCUGUUCAAAAAUUUCCAAUUUUAAAUGCAAAAUUAUUCAAUAAAUGAUACAGAUUCUUCGACUGUCAA